UUUUUCAUUCGCUCAUUCAUAGCAUUGAGAGAAUGAUUAGUCUAUCAAAAUUAGCUUUGAUAGUUUUAUAUUUCAUUGCAGAUUUGUAUGCUCUAUCUAUACUGGGUGAUCUAGGGACAAACUAUGAUGUGGUUUUCCAUAAGUUUGGGCAGUGUGACAAGCGAGGCAAGGUCGACUUCCUUUCAAAUGUGAAAGUUGGCAAAUUGAAUAGAACUCACAUGAUCUACUCGGGAACCCUGGACACUGGAGCUGACGUUGACGACAAUCUGAAAGUGCAAGCCAUAGCCGCAAUUAAGAGCUCAAAUGGACGGUAUAGCACAGUUAUUGAUGUGAAAUUGAAGGCAUGUGACAUGGUUAUGACAUUUGGACGUGACAUUUUCCAAACGUUAGCUGACAAAUGCAAUGAAACAUUACAAUGUCCCAAAAAAAGGACACAAUGUGAUUUGAAGAACUUCAUUAUUAAUUUCAAUCUGAACAAUCUACCUGCCUUGCCGUAUGGGGACUAUAGGCUCGAAGCCGUCGUACUGAAAGUAUUGCCCUAUGCCAUUGAGGAGAGGAUAUCUUGCUUCAGGUCCUUCGCAUCAAUAGUAAAGCGACAAAGUAUUCUACACUCAAAAAACAAGAACAUUAGUUAAAAUUGAAACUAUAUUUUGAAAACUGUCAAUAUUGUUCAUUUUUCAUCAGCAAACCUUAAUGGAAUGACAAUUGAAUCUAAUAAAGAGUUUUUGUUUACUGGAUAAAAA